GCUGACACUCACCUUCAGCAUAAAACCCCAUUUCAUGGAGGCUGGCACCUCACUCAGUGCUCUAGGAGCUCCUGCCACCACUGUCCCCGGCCCAGUGCCCCAACCAGGUUUCAGAUCAUGAGACAGCUGCCGGCCAUGACCCUGCUCCUACUGCUGCUGUGGUUUGGGACUCAGGGAGCCGAGGCAUUGAGUGUCUGCGGGCACCCAAGGAUGCUGAACCGGAUGGUGGGCGGGAAGGAUGCCUUGGAGGGUGAGUGGCCGUGGCAGGUCAGCAUCCAGCGAAAUGGAAGCCACUUCUGCGGGGGCAGCCUCAUCACAGAGCGGUGGGUCCUCACCGCAGCGCACUGCUUCUCCAACGCUUCUGAAAAAUCCCUGUACCGGGUUCUGCUGGGUGCACGGCAACUGGUGAAGCCUGGGCCGCACGCCGUGUACGCCCGGGUGAAGCGGGUAGAGAGCAACCCCCUGUACCAGGGCAUGGCCUCCAGUGCCGAUGUGGCCCUGGUGGAACUGGAGGCACCUGUGACCUUCACCAAUUAUAUCCUCCCCGUGUGCGUGCCUGACCCCUCUGUCAUUUUUGAGACGGGCAUGGAAUGCUGGGUCACCGGCUGGGGCAGCCCCAGUGAGCAAGACCGCCUGCCCAAUCCUCGAAUCCUGCAGAAACUCGCCGUACCCAUCAUUGACACGCCCAAGUGCAACCUACUCUAUAGCAAAGAUGCUGAUUCUGGCUUCCAGCUGAAAACCAUCAAGGACGACAUGCUGUGUGCUGGCUUCGCUGAGGGCAAAAAGGACGCCUGCAAGGGAGACUCGGGGGGUCCUCUGGUGUGCCUGAAAGGCCAGUCAUGGCUGCAGGCUGGGGUGAUCAGCUGGGGUGAGGGCUGUGCCCGCCGGAACCGCCCAGGUGUCUACAUCCGGGUCACCUCCCACCAUGACUGGAUCCACCGGAUCAUCCCAGAACUGCAGUUCCAGCAUGAUAGGUCGGAUGGCCAGAAGCGGGGCCCCCGGUUCCAGCAGCCCCUUGAUCGGAACUUUGCAUCCUGCCUGGCAGCCCACACCAUCCUCCUGGUGCUCACGGCCCUGCUCACCUGCUUCUGAGCCCCAGGGCCCACCUGUAUAUUUGUAAAUAGCUGACUCUCCCUUCUUUUCAAUGCCCAGUUACUUUUAUUUAUG